GCGCCUGCUAUAAGCUCCCUCUCCAGCAUUCCACUCUCUCUCUCUCUCUCUCUCUGAAUUCAGGCGCCACCACCUGCUUAAGCGGAAUGGGUUGCACGGCCUCCAAGCUAGACAACGAGGACACGGUACGGCGGUGCAAGGAGAGGCGCCGCCUAAUGCAAGAGGCAGUCUACGCCCGCUACCACCUAGCCGCUGCACACGCAGAUUACUGUCAUUCACUCCGAGUCACAGGCUCAGCUCUCUGCGCUUUCGCCGCCGGUGAAUCCCUCUCUGUCUCCGAACAAACCCCCGCUGUCUUCCUCCACCCUGCCACAACAUCCACCCCACCUCCUCCCACCAAUCUCAUCCCUCCACGUGUCCAUCCUUCCCCUUCACCUUCCCUCCACUCGCCGCCACCACCUCCUCCUCCAUUUUCUCCUUCUCCUACGAUAGCUAGCGCUAAACUUCCUCAUAUUCUUUCUCCUUCAAGUAUCAAGUCUAAGUCUAAUCGCCACCGCCGCAGCAAGCCUCCGAAGCUUCCUCAUAUUCUUUCAGAAACAAGCCCUUCAGUUUCUCCGAGAUCGAAUUUUGAAUAUCCAACUGCUUUUCAAAAUCGUUCAACUUAUUCUACCACGCCUUCUCAAGCUUCUUCUGUAUGGAAUUGGGAAAAUUUCUACCCUCCUUCGCCUCCAGACUCAGAAUUCUUCGCUCGAAAAGCCAACCAAAACCACUACAAUCAGCACCAACACCAUUUAGAUACUGAUGAUGGGUCGUCAUCAGAUGAAGAAGAGGGUGUCGCAACAGAAACCGAAACGGAGAGAUUGUCGGAGUAUGAUUUCUUUAAGAAAAAGCAAUAUCCGCAGCAACAACAAAUUUAUAGCGAGACGGAGCAAGAGGAAGUUCAAUGCAGUGAAUGGGGAGAUCACGAUAAUUAUAGCAAGACAACAACAUCAUCAGAUGAAGAAGAUAAUGAUACAGAGUUCAAAUCCGAGAUGGAAACCCGGUCUAAUUUCGGAUCGAAGCAGCAACCGCAACCGCAACCACAACAAUCUGAUAAUGGUUUUGGUAAGUCAGAUAAUAAGUCUGAGGCGGGAUCGUCGACGACCAGUUAUAGGACUGGAGAGACAUCUAAUAUGAAAAUGGUGAGACAUAAGGAUUUGAAAGAGAUUGUUGAUGCCCUUAAGGAGAAUUUUGAUAAGGCGGCCACAGCUGGAGAUCCGGUUUCGGAGAUGCUUGAGCUCGAUAGAAAUUUCCGGCAACUGAAGAAAACAUUGUAUCAUUCUAGUAGUGUUUUGAGUAACUUGAGCUCCAGUUGGACUUCGAAACCGCCUUUGGCCGUUAAGUAUCGCCUCGAUACCGGUUCACUGAAUCAAACUGGUGGCCCAACGAGUCUUUGUUCUACAAUGGAACGGUUGUUGGCUUGGGAGAAGAAACUCUAUGAGGAAGUUAAGGCUAGAGAAGGUGCUAAGAUUGAGCACGAUAAGAAGCUGUCAACACUACAAAGUCAGGAAUACAAGGGGGAUGAAGCAAAGCUAGACAAGACCAAAGCUGCAAUAUCAAGACUGCAAUCUCUGAUUAUUGUCACAUCUCAAGCUGUUUCUACCACCUCAACUGCAAUCAUUGGUCUUAGAGACAGUGAUCUUGUUCCUCAGCUGGUUGAACUCUGUCGUGGGUUCAUGUGCAUGUGGAGGUCAAUGCACCAGUACCAUGAAGUUCAGCAUCACAUUGUGCAGCAAGUUCGUGGUCUUAUGAACCAAUCAGCCAAGGGUGACUCAACUUCUGAAUUGCACAAGCAGGCUACACGUGACCUUGAAUCAGCUGUUUCUGCUUGGCACUCCAGUUUCUGCCACCUGAUAAAGUUCCAACGGGACUUUAUUCAAUCCAUCCAUGGCUGGUUCAAGCUCACCCUUAUUCCUGUAAGCAGUGACAACAUGAACGCCAACAUGGAACCCUCUGAUGUAUAUGCCUUCUUUGAUGAGUGGAAGCUUGCCAUUGACCGUGUCCCUGACACGGUUGCUUCCGAAGCCAUCAAGAGCUUUAUCAAUGUUGUUCAUGUGAUAUCUAUGAAACAAGCAGAAGAGCUCAAGAUUAAAAAGCGAACUGAUACUGCUUCGAAGGAGCUGGAAAAGAAGGCUUCUUCUCUUCGUAGCAUAGAAAGGAAGUUCUACAACUCAUACUCCAUGGUUGGUAUUGGACUCCCUGAUACUGGUGGAUCCAAUAAUGGACAGGUAUUGGAUGCUCGUGAUCCACUGGCUGAAAAGAAAUCAGAGCUUGUAUCUUGUCAAAGGCGCAUGGAAGAUGAGAUGCUGAGGCAUGCGAAGGCGGUGGAGGUGACACGAGCAAUGACACUGAAUAAUCUUCAGACAGGCCUUCCUGGAGUCUUUCAGGCAUUGACCAGUUUUUCUUCCUUGUUUAUGGAGGCACUUGAAUUGGUAUGCAGCCGUUCCCACACUAUCAAAUAGUUAUACAUAAUUUACCUUUGUGGAUGGCUGUACAGAGACAUCUCCCUCACUUGAAUUGUUUAUGGAGGAAUUGUUUGGCUGUGGACUCUUAUAUCUAGUCUUUUUUUUUUCUGUUUUUGUUUUCUUUUGGU